UAUAUUUUCACUCUAUCAUUUAUUUGGGAAUGUUGAUGUUUAAUAUUGUGCUAUUAAUCAAACAUAAUUAAUUACGCUUGUAUGUUAUUCCUCGCAGAUUUUGUAUGUUUUAUUUUGUUUAUUAUUAUUUGCAAACUAUCAAUUACAAUAAGUUUGUUGUAUACUAACAAGUACUUCCGAAGUUGAGAGAAAUUUUACAUUUUGUUAAUAAUAAAUAUUGAAACUGAGCCAUUUUUUUUAUAAUCGCAAAUAAACACAUUUGUUUUCUUUUUUAAAUUUAUAUAAAUUUCUCAUUUUCUUAUCCUCUGAAAUAUAAAAUAUUCUUAGUAUAAAUGUGGAAUUAACAUGGCAAAGUAACUGAGCGUGGUUUAUAUUUUAUAGUAUUUUCGGGUAAGACUACCGCUAUCAUAACGGUUAAAGUAAAUAAAAAAGAAUGGCUCAUUCACAGUCACCACUAAAUCUACCUAUUCGUGAUAUUUUUUUGGUGAAGGUUUUGCAUGUGUUUUUUUUAUUAACUUACAGUGUAAUUGCUGCCUCUAUCAAUAAUACUACGUUGCCUUUUUUGCUAUCCGAAUCAGAAAUUAUGUUAAAUGACACUACAUUCAUUGCUUCCGCGAUUGAUGUUUCGGAUAUAGCUAAUGCUAAGGAUUUUCCUACCGAACCACAGCCAUCUACGUCUAAUGCAGUCUCAGAUUAUGUUCAUAAUGAAACUUCAUUUAAUAACUACAAAGAAAAGAUAGAUGAUGUAGAUCUUUUUACUUUAAGUGAUUUAGGUGAUUCUGUUGCCGAUAUACCAUCAGAAUUAUACGAUAGCUCCAGUUCUGAUGAUAAUGUAACUUUAUCGACAAAUUGGCUUAGAAAAUACCUGAAGCCUCAGCCGAAACGGCAACAUAAAACUGAAGUUCUUCCUGAUGACAACAACCCCAGACCAAUUAAUACAGAUGAAAAAUCAAUUCAAGAAGAAAAUAAUAGUAUAUUUGUGGCAGAUUACCCUGGUCCAAUUUUUGCUAACAAACAAGAUGCACAGGAAAAUUAUAUUAAAAAAUCCAAAUGUUCUCUCAAACGAAAAAGUCGACACAUAAUGAUAAUUAACAGUUGUAAAAGUAAAUGCAGUCGUAAGUGUGCGUCAUUUUCACUUGGAAAUAGGAUUCAAAUUUGGCAUAAUUAUUGGGAACUUGAUUUUCGUUCACGACGUAACUUUUUAAACAAGUGUAUUCAAAUAACUGGCAUAAAAAAACGCAGAGUGAGUGAAACUGGCACUCCAGAAAUAAUCAAAAAGGAAUCUAGAUUCUUUUAUUUUCCUAAUAAUAAUAAUGAAUCUAUUCCUGUUUGCCGAAAAUUUUUUCUCGACACUUUAGGUUAUAAAACAGACGGCGUCAUUACGGAAAUAAGUAAUGCUAUAAAAAAAGGUAACAUCUAUGGUGGAGUAUUAAAAGACGGCAGAGGAGGUAACAGAAACGAAAUACCGAAGACUAUAAUUGAACAACAUAUCUUAAAUUAUAAACCAGUCGUCAGUCAUUAUCGAAGGCAAAAUGCCCCAAAUGUAAGAUAUUUACCGCGGAAUUUGACACUGAAGCAAAUGCAUGCCGACUUUAAAUUAAAAAAUCCAGAUUUUCGCUGUAGUGUAGAAGUUCAUCGACAAACAAUUAAAAGACUUAAUAUUUCAUUUAAUAUGCCAAAAGGCGAUAAGUGUGCGGAAUGUUCAUUUUAUGAAGAAGAAAUUAAGAAACAUACAGAUAAAAGUACUGAAGUGCCAGAAGAUAUUUUGACUAAACAAAAAGAACAUCAAGAAAAAGUUAAGUUAGCAAUAGAACGAUACAGACUAGAUGGAGCCAAAAGAAAUGAAAAUAGGACUAAAUAUUUUUGUAUGGACUUACAAAAAGUUGUCCUACUUCCAGAUAUGCCUCAAUACAAGGAUGCUUUCUUUUUAAGUCGUUUAGUAGCUUUUAAGCUUACUUUUGCCCCCAUUAAAAAAAAAUCGGAUGACAUGUCUGUAUGCGUGUUGUGGCACGAAGCGAUUGCUGGACGAGACGCCAGCAAUAUUGUAGACGCACUCAAAGCCUUUUUAUAUGACCAAAGGGAUGUACAGCAUUAUCACCUUUGGGCCGAUAAUUGUACUGCCCAAAAUAAAAAUUGGACUCUUUUCACUGCUAUGGUCAUGAUAGUUAAUAACGAAGCAAAUGAAAUCGAGUCAAUAACAAUUAAUUAUUUAACUAAAGGACACACUCAUAUGGCCGCUGAUGCAGUUCAUGCUAAUAUUGAGCAAAAAAUGAGACGUCAACGUGGUAUUUACGAUUUUGGAGAUUUUAAGGAUUGCGAGUUGAGAUCGAGAAAAAAUAUUAAAAUAUUAGAAAUUCAAAAUCGUCGUAACUGGCCUAAGAAAAAGAGAGCUGGUCGUUUUGGUGAAACUCUCAGAGAGUUUAAGUUAAAGUUUGUGGUCCAGGUCAAAUUCGUAAAGGGUUCAAGAAACCUAUUUUAUAAAACCAGGUUUGACGAAAAUUUUCAAGAAAUAGAAUUUUUACAAAAAAAAUUAAAUGUCAAUUAUUUUGCCCCCCCUGUCGAAGAACCUUGGGGAGUUAACCAAGCAAAGAAGGACGAUAUCAUCUCCAAAUUAGUACCGUUAAUGCCAGCGUCGAGAAAAGCUUUUUGGUAUAAUUUGCCUGUAAAUAACCAAUCAUUGGAUUUGUCUUUUUUUGGUCAAAUGGAAACAAUUGAUUAA